GUAGUGAAAUAUUAAUCCUGCCAUAAAUACACUAUUAUCCCUUUUGCCCUUUUCCCUCCAAAAAGCCAUCCUACAUGCAUCAAGCCACGUAUUUAUAUACUAUUAUAAACCGCCACGUCACCUCUGGUGGGGUCCACUUUAAUGGCGCGCGCCCAUAGAACCCCAAACUCGACCCGACCCAAUACCCAGCGCCCGGGUCUUCCCGUAAUUAAACCCUUUCUCCAAGGGGCAAUUCCGUACUUUCAAGUAGCAGAAGAUUCAGUUCAUAACAGACAGCUCUGCCGAGGAAACAAGAGUUUAAUGUAAAACUCCUCAAAACCUCAAAAAAGCAAACAAAACAAAAACACACACACAGCUCUCUCUCUCUAGAAUUGCUUUUGACGCAUCGGAGAAAAAAUGGACGACGAAGAGAAAAUGUUGGGUUUGAAGAAGGCGUAUGCCGAUGUGUUGUUCAACAUAUCGAAGGAGGCUGCCGCUAGGGUUAUGUCGUCGGAGAAGAAGGCGGCGCAGUACCAGAACGAGCUUAAGACGUCGAAAGACGAGGCUUUGCGAAUGCUGAUGCGCCUCAAGCAAAUGAUGGAUUCGAAGACUAGUGAAGCGGAAGCUGCAUCGCUGAGUCAGCAGAGCAAGAUCGACGAACUCGAAGCUCAACUUCAAGAAGCUGAAGAUAUCGUAAAAGAUCUGAGAGAAGAGCUGGAAGAAGCCCAUUCUCAACUCGAGAGGGCUAAAAGGGGAAAUUCGCAUCAUCAUGCAAACGAGCCCAAAAAUCUCUCGUUAAGAGAACCCGGUGCUAGAAUAUAUGAAGCUGCGAUAGCUUCAUAUAUAUCGAACCCCGAUUUGCUUCCUUCAAUCAUAUCGAGACCCAAAGAUCCAGGACUGUACAGAAACGGUUGCACGCAGAGGAUCCGUGCGUGUGAGAGAAAUUCUGUGGAAACCGAUAAAGGAAUGGACAAAGAUAAUAAUAGUAAUAAAAAUAACAAACGAGAGAGCGAAGAAGAUGAAGAAAAAGUGCCGUCGACCAAGACUAAAACUCUGAGUGAACUCGAGGAGAAGCUAAUGGCGGAUAGUAACUGCCGAUCGUUUCUUCAGAAAAAGAAGAGAGCGAAUAGGCUAAGAAAAGUCGUGAAAAUAUCGAGUGUGAACGUAGAUGUUUCUGUUUCAGACAAGGAUGGUGGUGGUGGGGCCGGUCAAUCUAGGACAGCUCGCACGAUGUCCGAAGAUUCUUUAGGAGACGAAAGAAAAGCCGUCAAAGCUUUUGGUGGUGGUGGUAGUACUGUACUGCAGAAAGACGAAGGUUUGAAGAGAAAAACGGUGGAUGUUGAGAAAGUUGACGUGUCGGGGGCGAAUUCGUCUUAUACAACUGUAGGUGAAAGAGUCAUCAAGUACACGUUUCAAAGGAAGCGUAAGAGAGAGGCUUUGAGUGGAGGUGAAGUGAAAACCUCUGUUGAGGCAGAAAAGGAAACGGAAGUGAAGAAAACGGGCGAUCAGAAAAUGGGCGAUCAGGAAACGAGCGAUCAGAAAACGGAGCAGUCGAAAUCGAGCUUAUUGUCGAUGGAGUCUUCACGAGAGAGUAGGCGAUUGGCGCAAGUUGCGCGUCAGCUUAUAUCUUUGUCCGAGAAGAAGUGGUGGCAUUGAAGGUGGCUUUUUUUCCGUAUUAUGAAUACUUACAAAGAUGAAAAGCCGAACUCGAGACGAAAAUGUGCAUGGAGAUCUGACUUAGCAAAAGGUAACUGAAGAAGAGAUACA